UCUUUAAAGCGCGGAGCAGCGAGGACCGCACUGAGGCACCGGGUCUCGAGCGUCUACGCGAGUUAGCGCGAGCAUCUGUUCACGUAUUUACAGUCGUCUCGCGCUCUUUAGGUUGUUUAUUUGUUUUUUUCCCGAGUUUCUGGCAGCGGAGCAGGAUGAUGAUGCUGGUGUUGGCCACGUGCGCGCUGCUGUGUCUGAGCCCCGCGCUGUCCGCGGUUCGGCUCUGCCCGGAUCGCUGCGAUAAGUCCGCGUGCCCGCCCGUGCCCGCGGAAUGCCUGGCCGGGGACACGCUGGACCGCUGCUCCUGCUGCCCCGUGUGCGCGUCCGGCGAGGGCGAGCCGUGCGCGAACGCGCGCGACUGCGCCGAUGGCCUCUCGUGCUCGCUGCCCGAGGGCGCGCGACCCACAACGGCCACGGUGCGGCGACGCGCGCGGCCCGGUGGCGUUGGCGUGUGCACGUGCCCCAGCGGGGAGCCCGUGUGCGGCAGCGACGGCGUCUCCUACCGCAACAUCUGCGAGCUGAAGAGCGUGAGCGCGCGCGCCACCGAGCUGCAGCAGCCGCCGAUCAUCUUCAUCCAGAGGGGAGCCUGCGGGACAGGUCAUGAGGAGAAUCCAGACAGCCCGAGGCACAAAUACAACUUCAUCGCUGAUGUGGUGGAGAAAGUGGCCCCAGCUGUGGUUCAUAUUGAGCUCUACCGCAAGAUGGUGUUCACUAGGCGGGAGGUGGCGGUGGCCAGUGGUUCGGGUUUCGUGGUUUCCGAGGACGGUCUGAUCGUAACUAACGCUCACGUGGUGGCCAACAAGCACCGGGUCAAAGUGGAGCUGAAGACGGGCGCCACCUACGACGCCAAGAUCAAAGACGUGGACGAGAAGGCCGACAUCGCCCUCAUCAAGAUCGACGCUCCAAUGAAGCUUCCAGUGCUACUGCUGGGAAGGUCAGCUGACCUGAGGCCGGGUGAGUUUGUGGUGGCCAUCGGCAGCCCCUUCUCCCUCCAGAACACGGUGACUACAGGCAUCGUCAGUACUGCCCAGCGGGGAGGCAAGGAGCUGGGCCUGCGGAACUCAGACAUGGACUACAUCCAGACCGAUGCCAUCAUCAAUUAUGGGAACUCAGGAGGACCACUGGUGAACUUGGAUGGAGAGGUGAUAGGGAUUAACACUCUGAAGGUCACAGCCGGAAUCUCCUUCGCCAUUCCCUCUGACAAGAUCCGCCAGUUCCUCACGGAGUCACAUGACCGUCAGGCGAAAGGAAAACUGCCUACAAAAAAGAAGUAUAUUGGUGUUAGAAUGAUGACCCUCACUUCGACUCUUGCUAAGGAGCUGAAGGAAAGGCAGUCUGAUUUCCCAGAUGUCACCUCAGGAGCUUAUGUCAUCGAGGUCAUUCCCAAAACCCCCGCAGAAGUUGGUGGCCUGCAGGAGAGCGACGUCAUCAUCAGCAUCAACGGCCAGCGAAUCGGCUCAGCCAGCGACGUCAGUGCGGCCAUCAAGAAGGACGAAACGCUCAGGGCGGUGGUUCGGAGGGGAAACGAGGACGUCAUCCUCACCAUCAUUCCUGAGGAGAUCGACCCUUGACCCUCCUUCUCCCCUGAACUCCUGCUCUACCUUGAGCUGGUUCUCAGCGUGUACAAAGACUUUUACAGAGUGUGCGUCUGGAGCCGCACUCGUUUUAGCACAUGUAGUAAACCCCACCUGCCUUUAAACCUCUGAGACCCCUAAACCGGCCCACACCCUGAAACGUACGUUCCAUUCUGAGUCCUCCUCGUCCUCCCAGUUCCAGUCGGUCAUUAUCAAAUUCACAAUGAGCCUGUCUACACUUAUCCUUUCAUGAGUUUUAUAUCUGGGUAACAUUCUCACAACACUUAUUCAUGGUCCUUACACUCGGCCACUUGAUGGCAUGCUUAUGGAUUUUGGUGGAAGUCUACUAAAGCUAGCUGUGUUCAAAAUGAACAGCUAAACAAAAAGCGAUAUUUACAUUACACUGUAUUUUCACACUACAGAGCGUUACGACCCCACGUUUUGACUAGGGUGCUGUGGGAUCAGUAACAUGUGGCUCUAUUUCCCCAGUGAUCCAUACUUCAAAUAAGGCCUUCCCUCCUUUAAAGAAACGCUCCAACUUUUUUUUAUCCAAAUACUGUCUAUUAAUAUUACCCUCAGCAAAACCAUUUUGAGGCAUUUCUGUCUGCUUAGUUAACUGUUUGAAGCCCCAGAAACAGCCCAGCUGCAUCUCCAAACCACCUCCAGAUAAUAGUCCGUCCAAAGUUUUGGUUGCAUUCGCAGUCAGACAGCUAUCCAAUCAUACAUUAAGAUUAAGUGACCCUUAUUAAUGCCACAAUGGGGAAAUUUCACCUCCGCAAUCUAACCACAAUCUGAGCACGCUUGCCCGGAGCAGUGGGCAGCCCUAUCCACAGCGCCCGGGGAGCAGUUGGGGGUUAGGUGUCUUGCUCAAGGGCACUUCAGUCACAUAAUGUCGGCUCAGGGGAUCGAACCGGCAACCUUCCGGUUGCAAGGCUGGUUCCCUAACCUCCAGCCCAUGAUUGCCCCACAACACAUGAACUGGCUGAGGGUCAACAGGCUCAUUAUAUUCCCCAUUGCAAACAUACAAGGAGUCUUGGGCUCUCAAGUGGCUGAUUCUUGACCAUGUACUGUUUUUUUACAUCUGAAAGGUACAAUGUGCAGCCGUUGCCAAGUUGCAUUCUUUGUUUAUUGUAUCUGUGCUUAAAGAAUCUGAGAGUCUCCGAAUGGAUAUUCUGCUUUUGUCAAUAGUUCAAGGGAUUCUUUUUUCACAAAAAAAGUAUUUCUCUACAUGAACGUCUUAAAAAUGACUCAAGGUUAUUAAAAGACUGUCUCUCCGAUUUAAAUGGCUUUAAAUGUUUCACUUCACUUAAUGAAUCCAGUCCAUACCAGCAGUUUUCAUCCCAUCCAUUCCUUGACUGUUGUUUUGUGUAUCUUUGGUUUCAUCGGUCCCACUUUAUAUUUAGUGUCUCUAAUAAUAAUAAAUGUGUAGUUACAUGUGAACAACAUAUGCAACAACCAUGUAACGACUAAUGACUUGGGCAUCGUUACAGAUGGAUUACAGAAGUGCACCAUACGUAAUUAUACACAUGUAUCAUCUUCAGUUUCACCUCAUAUAAUUACACAUGUUAAUAAGGUUAAGAUUAAGAUUAAAGGACCCACAACGGGGAAAUUUCAACCCGUCUGUGCUGUGUAACACCACAUACACACUAGUGAAGACACACCCUAGGGCCAGUGAGGACACUUGCCCAGGGCGGUGGGCAGCCCUAUCCACAGCACCCAGGGAACAGUUGGGGGUUAGGUGUCUUGCUCAAGGGCACCUCAGUCACAGACUGUCAGCUCAGAGGAUCAAACCAAUGACCCUCAGGUCGUAAGACAGGUCGUACCUCCACUCCAUGACUUCCCCCAUAAGGGAAUGUUUGCUAAAAGUUGUAUCAGCCUAUUCUCUUUCAUGUAAUAACACAAAGGUACAAUUACAUUGCUAAUCAGACUGGAACAGAAGUUUUUUCAGAAGGUUUUUUUUUUAUCCAGCAGUAAAAGGAAGCAUAUAAUAACUGACAUUAAGGCAUUAUUUACACUGCAUCUGCCAGCUUUCCUAACAUUUAGCUAGUGUUUAUGGUGCAAAUGUUGUGACACUGUAACCAGUUUCAGCUUUAAACUGCUCUGUAAUGUGACACAACAGCAGACGUCCCCUUAUAUCAACAUGUAACUUCUAUGAUAUUAAUUAAAUGUGUUGCAUUAAACUCAAAGCAACGUCUAUAUUACCACUGCAUUAUUACACAGUAACUACAUAAUAACUACACAGGAGCUGUCCACUUAUUAAGGUGUAACUUGAACAGUGCACUACAGGAAAGUUCCAGUGUAGAAGAUACACUUGUGUAAUUAUAUUAAGCAAAACUGAAGCUGAUACAGAUGUGUAAUUACAUUGCUGUACCCCUGUAAUCCAUCUGUAACAUGUCUAAAUCAUCAAUAGUUACAGUGUUAUUGCAUAUGUUAUUCAUGUGUAACUACACAGUUAUUAGAGACACAUAAUAUAAAGUGGGACCGUUUCAUCUCCUCCUACUGAGAUUUUUUCCUUCAGUAUCUGAUGCCCUUUGUUUUCAGAAAGGCCUGCGCCUUUGAGCUGUUUCAGUAUUCCUGACUUCAGGCAUCAAAACGAAGCCACCGACUCGCACCGCCUGGUUCUGCUCUGCUUCGCUUCUUCCCUGAGAGUUUAAUAGGCCUUUUAAUGAGUCCCGCCAUGCAGCUUUGGCUCCUACAGUGACUGUUAUUUAUUCCGUUAUGAUCCCAAACAUGAUGGACAUCAGUGGUCCUGUUUUUUUCUCUCCUGAUCGGGUUAUUAUUGCCGAGUCCUUCUGCUUAACAGGGUGAAUUUGGGGUACAUAAGCUUAAAGGGGUAGUUCACUGAUGUACCGUCACUGUAUAUGUUCAAUACAAUCAUAAUAUCAAUAAAUACGUGCCAUUACUUUAA